UGUGCCAGGAGACUUGAUGUGCACCACGGGGCCCGGUGCACUGGGCUGCAAGGAGAUCGUUCACGUCAGCUUUAAAUGCGACACACAGAGGAUCAGCAAGGUCUGCGGGAAGAUACUGAAACAGUGUGAGAGAAAGGGCUACCGCUCUGCAGCCUUCCCUGCAGUCAACACUGGUGCUGCUCGAGCAGACUCUGGCUCUGUGUGUAAGGCCAUGUUGGACGGCAUGGCGUCAAGUGUGAGGGAUUUGUCCCCCAACAUCCUCUCUGUCAUCCGCAUUGUCGUGCUGCAGAGACCCGUCUUCCAGGCAUUCAAGUCAGAGCUGGAGAGCCGACUGGGAGCUAUCGCUCCAAUCCCAACACUGAAAGAGAGAGCCCAACAGAUACUGAAGAAGAAACUGAGGAUCGGCUUUUCCUCCCCCUCGCAUGGCUCCCUUCCCCCUCCUCAUGCCCUUCCAGGCCUCACCAUCACCCCCUGGAGACCGCCCCCGGUGGUGCUGAGCGUGGUGGGGCGCGGGGCGGACGCCAUCAGGGGGGCCAGGCGGGAGCUGGAGGCCAUCUUGCAGAACCAGCUGACUCAGAGAGAUGUGAAGGGAGAGGACCUGUGCAUGCUGGGAGAGGUGGAGCUGCAGGCCGUGCAGAAGAAUGCCAAGGUCCUGGGAGUGAGCCUGGAGCUAGGUAGAGUUCAGAGGGCAGGAGGGGUGGAAGCUGGGGCUGGAGCUGCGGCUGGAGAGGGGUUUUAUGUUCUCCAAGGCCUGAAGGAGGACGUUCUGAGCGUGCGCGAGGUGCUGGACAGUGCGCUCAGUGGCGCCCUCCGUAGGGAGCUGCAAGAGAGAAAUGAGGCACUAAUGGCCCUCAGUGUCCAGUGGUCUAUGUGCAGGCAUGGUGACGUUUGGGAGGAGCUGGGGAUGCAUGACAACUACCAUCUGGAGCAGGCACACCUAAGAGGAGAUGUCUCAGCAGAGCUAGAGGUCCCAGAUGGGAGCAAAGUCAGGGUGAACCUGAAGAACAACAUGGCCACUGACUGGAGAACGGGUUGCACCUAUAAGAUGAAGCGAGAGGAGAGUGCAAAAUUGCCAUCGUACUGGGAUGAUAUGGCCGCUGGUGAAACGCGGAAGAGAGUGCUGCUCUUGCCUACCUCGUCAGAGUACCAGGCGGUGGCACAGGGAUUCCAAAGCACCACGGCAACACAAGUCACCAUCCACAAAAUCGAGCGUGUGCAGAAUGUAUUUCUGUGGCAGGCUUACGCAUUGUGUGAGCAGCGCAUCCGGGCCAAGAACGGAGCAGCGGAGGUAGGGGUAAGGAAACUCUACCACGGGACGGCAGCAACAACCUGUGACGCCAUUGAAAGUAAUGAAUUCGACAGGAGCUAUGCUAAUAUUACAGCACAUGGAGUGGGUGUGUAUUUUGCUGUGGACGCCAGCUAUUCAACCAAUCCCAGAUAUACCCCUCCUGAUGGUUCUGGGCACAGGCGUAUGUAUGUUGCACGUGUCCUGACCGGGCGCUAUACCCUGGGUGACCGCUCCAUGAAGUUCACCCCUCGUCGCUCCCCCACAGAUUCCGCUGACUGCUAUGACAGUCUAGUGGACAACCUGCAGAGACCCAGCAUGUUUGUCAUCUUCCACGACGACCAAGCGUACCCAGAGUACCUCAUCACCUUCAUAUGAUAGUGGGCCUAUAUAAUGAAUUAGAAACCAUUCGUAAUCAUUUAUACGCAUUUUUAUUUUACAUGCAUGAAGGCAUUUAAAUGUUUUUGAGUAUGAUUCUCACUUCUAUCAUUAUAAUCAGCUGUCAUAAUCAUUCUCAUCACUAUAUCUAUGUAUCAUAAUGAUUGUCACAUUGCAUGUGUUCUGCUGCAGGACCUAAAGCAGUACAUAAUCUGCAGAGGUUAAUCACUAAAGUGGUAAAAAAAAAAAAA